AUGGAUAAAGAACAGUGCGGAGAAUGUAAACAAACCGUCAACGAUCUAGAGCCGAUCCGUUGCGGAUUUUGUGAAACUAGCUUCCACAUCAAUCAACAAUGCUGUGGUUUUAACAGCCGAGUGUGCAAAGAUCUGCUCACACAAGGCAAAAUGAUGUUCUUUUGCCCAAAGUGUAGGGAAAUGCUAAAUGGCCGUUCCAUUUCCUCGUACGUAGCAGAUUUGCAAUUGAACAAUACAACACAACCGCCUCCGCUCGCCGAACUACCUGCCCAGGUUCAAAAAUUAUUCGAGGUGGUCGAUGGUUUGAGCAAAAAAAUUGAAAAUUUGCCCUACAAGCCGAUGAAUAUUGAUCCAGCAACUCCUGUGAACACAAAUGCCACUCCUGUCUGGCCAAGCAAAAGCUUGAAACGUCGUCGAACUGAGCGGGUUCCAAUACCAAUUCAAUCUGAUCGUGGCGAAAGUAAUAUCGACCUUAGUGAUUUAUCCGUUCCAACUGUCGCUGCUGCCGUAACACAAAAGCGCUUCUGGCUGUACUUGUCCGGGCUGAACCCACAACACACCGCAGGGAGCCCAAAUUGUGUCUGGUACUACUAUCAGAACGUCCGCGGAUUACGUACCAAAAUCGACGAGUUCUAUCUAGCGACAAUUGACUGCAAUCUCGACGUGAUCCUGCUGACGGAGACCGGACUGGACGAUCGUAUCAAUUCGCAACAACUGUUUGGUGACUCAUUCAACGUUUUCCGAUGUGACCGAAGCUCUCUUAACAGUGACAAAAAAUCGUUUGGUGGCGUAUUGAUCGCCGUCUCGAAACAAUAUCCAUGUGCUCUACUGCAAACCUCACACGGCAUCCAUCUCGAACAGGUAUGCGUGAGUACCGUCAUUCACGGUUUGAGAAUUCUGCUUUGUGCUCUGUACGUUCCUCCAAAUUUGAGUUCCGACGUGGCUGUUAUCGAUAGGCAUAUUGCUUCUAUUGCGGAGCUGUGUGACAAAAAGUCAGCGGGUGAUAUCGUUCUAGUUUGCGGCGACUUCAACCAACCACUGAAAUCAUCCGAGAUUCAGGCGGUGGAAGGAAGGAAAAUCUCUCUGCCGUGCCCAUUAUCGGCUCCGUCCAGGGACAAGGUUUACAUGGUGCUUUGGUUCAAGGACGACGCUGGCAUCCCAUUGUACAGUUUCGACGUUCGAGGGAAACCUCUGCAGCAAGCUCGCCAUUGGUCAGCACCGGAAAGUUUUGGUCCACGAGCUCAUUUCAACACCGACACGGAUCCUGCGACGCUGGACAUACAGGAUGUUCGACGACAUGACGAGGGUGUCUAUCGCUGUCGAGUUGACUUUCGUACCAGUCAAACGCAGAGCUUUCGAUACAAUCUCAGCAUCAUUAUUCUUCCCGAGCAUCCGGUAGUACUAAACCAAUGGGGUCAACAACUCAACAGCUCCAAACUGGGUCCCAAGGAGGAGAGCGAUGACAUUGUCCUGACCUGCCGGGUCGUAGGUGGUCGUCCCCAACCAUCGGUCAAGUGGCUUAUCAACGGCAUCCUAGUGGAUGAACAGUACGAACACAACUCCGGUGACGUAAUCGAAAAUCGGCUCCUCUGGCCGGCAAUCCAGCGUUCCGAUCUGAACUCGGUAUUUACCUGCCAAGCAACCAACACCCAGCUGGCGGAACCAAAGGAAAGCAGUUACGUGCUGGAUUUGCACUUGAAACCACUCAGCGUGAAGAUAGUAAACCCACCGACACCACUGGUUGCCGAUCGCCGAUACGAAAUAUCCUGCGAGAGUGUUGGUUCCAGACCAAAUGCGAUUAUAACUUGGUACAAAGGAAAGCGACAAUUACGCCGGACGAAAGAGGAAAUUCUCAAUAAUACCACUCGGUCCGAGCUUUGCUUUGUACCAACUACUGAAGACGACGGUAAGCUGAUAACAUGUCGAGCGGAGAACCCAAAUGUCACUGGAUUGUUCUUGGAAACCUCGUGGAAAAUUGAAGUAGUGUAUCCACCUAUUGUCUCGCUGCGGCUCGGUUCGACACUCUCGGCGGAGGACAUCAAGGACGGUGACGAUGUUUACUUCGAGUGUCACGUUCAGGCCAAUCCUCCGUGGAGGAAAUUACACUGGCUACAUGACGGCAUAAUGAUAACUCAUAACGCUUCCGCCAGGGUUAUCCGCUCAAACCAGAGCCUGGUGCUGCAGAAGGUAAACCGUAACUCGUCCGGAAAUUACUCGUGCAGUGCAAUCAAUGCCGAGGGUGAAACGGUCAGCAAUCAGCUGGCGCUGCGGAUCAAAUAUGCUCCGGUGUGUGCGACGGAAAAAAUCAUCAUCGUGGGAGCUUUUCGCAGUGAAUCUCUGCACAUCCCGUGCGAGGUACACGCUGACCCUCCGCCGCGGCAGUUCUAUUGGAAAUUUAACAACUCGGGCGAAACAUUAGAAAUAACCAAAGAGCGGUUUGUUAAAAACGGCUCACUGAGCGUGCUAAACUACACGCCCGUUUCCGAUCAGGACUACGGUACGCUGACCUGCUGGGGACAGAACGAGGUGGGCCUACAGCAGUGGCCCUGCUUCUUUCAGGUUGUACUAGCUGGUUUGCCAUCGACAGUGAAAAACUGCACGAUAAACAAUCAAACGCAGAACUCAGUGGAAGUGCAGUGCCUGGCCGGGUAUGACGGCGGUUUACCGCAGAUUUUCAUGCUCGAGCUUGUUUCCAGUCGGACGGGAAGACUGCGAUACAAUGUAACUAACCCGGAUGAGCCGUAUUUUGUGAUCGAAUCACUAGAAUCUCUAAUCCACUACAGCAGCUACGAUGAUCUUAGCGAUGAUAAUGCAUUCAAAGCUGUCAUAUAUGCUGUUAACCAGAAAGGAAGAAGCCAGGGUAUAGUGAUCAAGGACUUUUUCCUCGAAACUACUAUUACGGAGAACCGAGCUGGUAAGUGCGCCUCUCAAAUUCUAACGAGUAACUCAUUAGAUAGUAUUUCGCCUAUUCUGUUUGGUGUUUUGCUCACACUGUUAAUACUGUGCUUUGUAAUUUUUGUACGAGUUUACUACAUAAAAAUAACAACCACAUCCUCAACUAUUACGAACGCCAGCAGUGAUUUGGUUGGUAACACCAAACAGCAUACUUCAAAGCAGGAUCAGUCUUCCAAGAAAAACUCCAAACAGAGCCCACGGUGGCAGCAUGGGGGUGGAGGAUCCGGUCUCGGAGGCCCAGGCGCAGGAACCGGUGACCAUCACCAGCACCAGCAGCAGCAGCAGCAGCAGCACGGCGGAGGAAUAGGCACUAAGGACGGCAAGUUCGAUCAAACGGAUGACGACAGGGGCGAUCCGGACGUGAUUCCGGCGCAGUACGGUGAGGUAUCGAACGAAGGCGAAGAUUCCAGUUUCAAUUCAUCCAAAUGGCCUAAUGGGAACUACUACGACCGAUACCCGAGCCAUGAUAUACGGCCUACGGAGCUGCUGAUACCCCCGACGGGCAGGACUCAUCUCAUCGGAGGCGUCGGAGUCAGUCUAGGUAGCAGCACGACAUCCACGCCGGUGGUAAAUCAAUUACAUCCGAACAUUAACCAAUGUGGCGAUCCGCCGGCCAGUCUCAAGCUUCACGGUGCGUUCUACACAUCGUCGGGCCUUCCGGCAGGACCUGGUCCGACGAUAGCGCUGUAUGGUAGCGGUGCCGGCGGAAUCGGCAUCGGUACCGGUCACCAUCAAUCAAUUCCCAACGGAGGGCCGGAAAGUGCCAUCGGCAGCAGUGUUGCGACCGGCAGCACCGGAGCACAAGAGGUUAAUCCGAAUGAUUACGACAUCAAUGUACAUACCAUCAAAAAUAUGCUAAUGACCACUAGGGUACCAGAGAGCUGCGUUUAG